AUGAGCGAUACCGACAUGGAUCCAGUAAUGAGUCGGCAUCCCAGCAAGCCUGGCCCUCCAUCAAGUUCAGCCCCAACUCCAAACAACAACAACAAAUUUGGAUCUCAGGACUAUUCGCGAGAUGUUGCAAUGAAACACGAUCAGAGAAGCAAAGGCUACGAUAACGACGACCGCGACCGCGUCCGCGAUCGCAGGGAUCGUGAUAGGCCUGAUUUAGAUAAUCGAGUCUCGUCCGGUAAUUCGCACUCCAGGCCAUUUGCGUUACGGUCUCCGUCAUCCAAUUCUCGACGUCAAGGAGCCCACGGGAGCAGGAGCAGGGAUACUCGCGACGAAGCAUUUCCUCAGCAGAAUGAAGGGCCACGCAAGCCAGAUGUAAGUCAGCGUGGACGAUCGCAAGAUCGUGGUAAAAACUUCGGGGGCGACGGCUCGCGAGAGGCCAAAGAUCGCCACUUGUGGGAGGGCCGCGGUGAGAAAUUCGAACAGGAUAAUCAUCAUAACAUACCCACAUCUCCUCGACACGGUCCUAGAAACAACGAUUACGCGAGUCGCGGUGCAAGAGGUCGAUCUUUUUCGCCAGCAUCACGGAAACGACGCAGGAGUCGGAGUCCUUUGCCUUUCCCACCCACGCGCCCGAAGAAAUCUAGGAGAGAGCGUGAACGGGACCGCCGACGUCGAACAGAGCGGGCUGAGAGGGUAGAGAGGGAUCAGUUAAAAAAUCCGAUUCCGCCACCCCCUCGUAGACGGUCUCCCUCGCCCCAUUACGACGAACCUCGAUCUAGACACGCCGACCCAAGCGAUCCUUCCGAACCGCAUCGAUUUCGUCAGCGUAGCCAUUCGCCGCCUCGCGAGGGCAACUCCGAACGGGACACUCCCCUUAUUCCUCUACCUCAUCCCCGGAGAGACUCGCAAACUCGGGAUCGGAGUCGCUCGCCGCUUUCUAGCUCACGACGAUCGUCUUUCUCACGCACUCACUCACCUCCUCGUCCACUUGACGGACCGUAUCCCGGUUCAUCAGAAGCCGGGUCACGUUCCCGUCGAUCUUCUUUUGAGCAUCCCCGGCCUGAUUUUCCGCCUCGGUCACCUAGAGAGCGUGGAUCCCGUCGGUCUCGUAAGAAGGGCAAAUAUCGGGAAGACACAAGGUUCCCUCCAGGGGGCCACUUAGCAUCUGGUGCAAACAGUAUCGAAGUCAAUAUGUCCAGACGACUAGAGAACAGAAGCGGUUCUAGUACUAAUGCUCAAGUGCCUCCAACUCGUCCCGUAAAUUCUCAACACAACGACCGUCGAUCCGCCCACUCACCCGCACGCCCUAACUCGGGUUCCUCUUUUCAUGAGUCUCCGAUGUCACCAUCGCCUUAUGGUAAUAGUCGAGGGGGAUGGGCUAACCAACGACAGAACUCACCUCAUAGGUAUGAUCAACCAAAGCAUUCUAGACGAAAGUCACGUUCUUAUGACAAAUUUAGCCAGCACCCUCCGCAACGUCCCCAAAGUAGUCAUGGUCCGCCUACUGGCCCCUCGGGUCAUCAUGUCUCCAGCCAAUCACCACCGCAUCCACCCACCGGGCCUUCGCAAUCUUACUCUCGUGGCCGUAAUUUUUCUAGGGGAGGUUUUCGAGGUAGCUCACACCCUGCUCGAGGUGGUUACCGAAAUGUGGUAGGCGCCGAAGCCACUUCACGACCAUCAGGCGCUGGUAGAGGAACCUCUGGCCAGUCUGGAGAUAAUACUCCUCGACAUCAUAGCCCACAACAUGUGACGUCGAAUCAGUCCGAAUUUUCUGGACCAAAAGAGGAAGGGAAAGAUGAUGAUAACGCAUCUCGAACAUCAAGAAACCUUCAUAAUGAAGACUUAACAGAAAAGAAUGCUAACGAGCAGAUGCCACCCCCUCGACCUCCGCCUUCCGCUCCUACAGGCCCCGCAAGCUCGAAAUUCAGCUUCGCUUUCAAAGCCGCGAAUAAGACUCCGGUUGCGACCCCUAAGCCUGAAAUUUCGCAAAAGUUCAAUACGGCCCCUAGAAAGGAACCACCUGCGCUUGAUGAUCGAGACCGAGACCGCGAUCGAGACCGUGAUCAUCGAGAUCAUCGUGACCGAGAUCGUGAGCGUGAGCGUGGCCGUGAUAGGGACCGAGACCGGGACCGGGAUCGGAACCGGGAUCGGGAUCGAGACCGAGAUUUACCGAGAGACACUCCUAGGGAACCUGCUUCUGCAAGAGCAAGAUCGGAUUAUCAUGCUAGCAGAGGUCCGCCCGAGCCACCGAAGACGAGGAAGGUUAAGAGAAUACAGCGCAGGCUCAAACCGAGGCCCGAAUUACCACCUGAUCUUGCAGCAUCCGAUUCAGUAUUUUUCAGAAAACCCGGGAACGAAUCGGUCGUGGGAUCUGGCACGUAUGGCAAAGUCUUCAAGGGACUUCAUGUGUAUACCAAAAAGCUUGUUGCUUUAAAGAAGAUACGCAUGGAAGGAGAAAGAGAUGGUUUCCCCGUUACCGCCGUACGAGAGAUCAAGCUACUUCAGUCCCUAAAGCACCCAAACGUCGUCAACCUACAAGAAGUGAUGGUCGAGAAGAAUGACUGUUUCAUGGUUUUUGAGUAUUUGUCUCACGACCUUACCGGCUUACUAAAUCAUCCGUCGUAUAAACUCGAUGCUGCGCAGAAAAAGCACCUCGCCCUACAACUAUUUGAUGGUCUAGAUUAUCUACACAAACGGGGUGUGCUACAUCGCGACAUUAAGGCGGCGAACAUACUAGUCAGCAACGAGGGAGUCUUGAAGCUAGCUGAUUUUGGUCUGGCUCGUUUUUACGCAAAGCAUCACCAGCUCGAUUAUACGAAUCGUGUUAUCACAAUCUGGUAUAGGUCUCCCGAGCUAUUAUUGGGCGAGACGCAGUACGGUGCUGCCGUGGACAUCUGGAGUGCUGCGUGUGUUAUGGUUGAGAUCUUCACGCGCCAUGCCAUUUUCCCCGGUGACGGCGGCGAGAUCAAUCAGCUAGAAAAAAUCUAUGCCGUACUUGGCACCCCGAGUAGAGCUGAUUGGCCCGGUCUUGUUGAUAUGCCUUGGUUUGAGUUAUUGAGACCUGGCUAUCGCCGACCUAACGUCUUUGCGGAGAAAUAUAAAGAACGAGUGCCGGCGGCAGCCUUUGACUUGCUUGCUUCCAUGUUCCAUUAUGAUCCGGCGAAGCGACCAUCCGCAGCUGAGGUCUUAGAACAUCCAUACUUCACGACGGAGCAGCCGCCACCUAGGCAAGCAGUUGAACUUAAAGAACUUGAGGGCGAAUGGCAUGAAUUUGAAUCUAAGGCACUGCGCCGAGAAAAGGAGAAACAAGAUCGAGAUGCACGCCGUGCCGCUGCCUCUAAGGAAGGUGGUACCCGUGACAAGGAUAAGAAAAGGCCACCGUCCGCACACGAAUCCCAAAGAGAAAGUAAACGUCCUCACGUUGACGGACGACCACCUCAGUUAGGUCGGGCUUCCAGCUCCACUGCUAUGCAGUCUGGCGAACCUGCAGCGAGUGAAGUUGCGGCAGAGUAGGAUGUGUCGACAACUUCGACGGAAACAUCGCGGACCGUUAUAGUCCUCAACCACUCAGAUCCUGCCAUAUAAGUGCCCGAGAGAUGGUCGACGUAUGAAGACUAAAGAACCCAAAAAAGAAGUGACGGUUUGCACCGCCAACGACUGAGUGGAAAAGGGUCGUUUGUACAAAGAUUGGUCCUCUAGACAGAGGCUCUAUCGGCGCUUGGUGGUCCUGGGACAUUUUUGCGGCAAAGGAAUUAUAGCGCAUCGUGAAUGGACACUAAGAGAUGGCGAAGGAGAUAAAAUUCACAUCAAUGCGUAAGGUCGCAUUGCUAAGUAGCUUCGAUAGUGGAAUGGAA